CUCCAGCGAAUGGAACAGAACGCCAAAUGCUGCACCCAGCACAGCGGACAAGGACGGUCCGGAUCGUUGCUCCUUGGAAGUGUCCAACAGCAGCAGCAGUAGCAGCUAAAGGCAUUGUCGUUGUGUUAAGCUAGCAGCAGUGAGUUUGUGUGAUUAGUUUGUAGUGCAAUGUGCAGUUUGAGCGAAAUUGAUCGGAUCUUUCUCGUCGGGGCUGUCGGUAGGACAUUGGAUUUUUUUUUCGGGGAUUGGUAGAUCGAUAGCUCAAGGUGCGGAACACCUCGUUGAAAGAAGAAAAAAAAAUUGGAAGGAAGGAUUUUUCUCGUGCGAGAAAAGGCAUUGGAUGGAGCUCGGUGUAUCGCGCAGGUGCCACACGGAACAAAUUUGCACACCAAAGGAAAAGCUCCGUGCGACCAGGAUUUUCCUAGUAUUUCGGGCUGUAAGCUUUCGGUGGGUUCUCUUGCGACUCCGAAGAGCGGCCCGAUUUCCAACGACGGACUAUUGGUGGUGUGCGAAAGCUUUCUCUCAGAGGAUGAUCGUUGGCGAAUGCUGAAACGUGCCGGAGAGAAAGAGUUUGGAGCUUUGGGAGCGACUUUUCCAAGAUAACAGAAAAUGUAUUCGAUAAGCUGUAGUAGCGUAGGACGAUUCGAAGGCAUUAAUAUACUAGCAAUGCGAAAAUUCGCUCGGUGAAAUGAACAACUUACCGAAGAAAUUGGGGUGACCAAUAAAGCAAGCAACUUCAGUGUGUGUGGUAGCGAAGUGUCGAAGACGACGACGACGGCGACGAAGAAGAAGAGAAGAAGAAAAAGUGCUUUAAAUAGAUGGUUGGAGGUUAGCGAAAAGCGAGGUUCGACCAGAAAACGCCAGAGCAGACCCACAACGGCAGGGGUGUAGCAAAUUCGAACAACACACACAUCCCUCCCCUGAUCCUGAGCCUUGUGGGAAAAUGAGACGUACCGAAAAGAGCACAUAAAUUAGCAACAGCAACAUCCAGCUUUUACCUCAAUUUUCCAACUUAAAAAUACAGCAGCAGUAACAACAACAACAACAACAUCAACGCAAGCAAAGUAAAACGAGAAUUGAGAUCACUUUUUGCGAGAGCAGAAAGUAACCGACACACCAUCGGAGCAGAGGGAACCAUCCAUUAGACGACGCAGUAAGGAGGAACAAGGCCUCUACCCUCAGCUGCUGAAUAAUAAAAAAAAACACAACUCAAAGAUCCAACGUUUGGAGGAAAGUCCAAGAAUCUAGGGCCGAGAAUCGGCAGCGAAACAAAAAUUUCCCAGAACCAACCAACGACUGAGAACCACAAACAACAAAAAUGUCGCUGGAUAUCGAAGUGCCGCACGUCAGAUGCCCCUCGUUAGGUGUCCUCAUGCUGACACUUAACCUGGCGCUGUUUCUGCCUCAGACUAUAAAUAGGACACCACCAUACGUGCUCGCGGGGACCGGUGGUGGCAGUAUGCUAGGAGAUGUAAAUAUUUCGGCCAUUCUAGAUUCGUUUAGCGUUGGCUAUGACAAAAGAGUAAGACCAAACUAUGGAGGACCGCCGGUUGAAGUGGGAGUCACCAUGUAUGUGCUGUCUAUCAGUUCGCUGUCUGAAGUUAAAAUGGAUUUCACAUUGGAUUUCUACUUUCGACAAUUUUGGACUGAUCCACGUUUAGCUUACAGAAAAAGGCCGGGUGUAGAGACACUGUCAGUUGGAUCUGAGUUCAUUAAGAAUAUUUGGGUACCCGACACGUUUUUUGUAAACGAGAAACAAUCAUACUUUCAUAUAGCGACUACUAGUAAUGAAUUUAUAAGAAUACAUCAUUCUGGAUCUAUAACUAGAAGUAUUCGAUUAACAAUCACAGCAUCAUGUCCAAUGAAUUUACAAUAUUUUCCAAUGGAUAGACAAUUAUGUCAUAUAGAGAUAGAAAGCUUCGGUUACACUAUGCGAGAUAUCCGGUACUUCUGGAAAGACGGCCUAAGUAGUGUCGGAAUGAGCAGCGAAGUAGAACUACCACAAUUUAGAGUACUGGGUCACAGGCAGAGGGCGACCGAAAUUAACCUUACCACAGGAAAUUAUUCACGUUUAGCAUGUGAGAUACAGUUUGUACGUUCGAUGGGUUAUUAUCUCAUUCAGAUUUACAUACCAUCCGGAUUAAUUGUAAUCAUAUCGUGGGUAUCAUUUUGGCUAAAUAGAAAUGCUACACCAGCACGUGUUGCACUAGGUGUAACCACUGUCUUGACAAUGACAACACUGAUGUCGUCAACGAAUGCUGCCUUACCGAAAAUAUCUUAUGUAAAAUCGAUUGACGUAUAUUUAGGCACAUGCUUCGUCAUGGUAUUUGCCAGUCUGCUGGAAUACGCCACCGUCGGUUAUAUGGCGAAGCGGAUACAGAUGCGCAAGCAGCGCUUCAUGGCAAUCCAGAAGAUUGCCGAGCAGAAGAAGAAACAGGCGGAGGACGCCAACCAUCCACCUCCACCGCCACCGGCCAGCGAUCACAGUCAUGGCCAUGGCCACGGGCACAGCCACGGCCACCAGCACACGCCGAAGCAGCAGAUGGGCAGCCGUAGCGGUACUAUGUCCAAUGUGCCCCCCCAUAAUAUCGCGGGAUCACGAGGUUGUUCUAUUGUAGGUCCACUGUUCCAAGAGGUCCGCUUUAAGGUGCACGACCCGAAGGCGCACUCGAAAGGCGGCACGCUGGAGAACACGAUCAACGGGGGACGGGGCGGGGGUGGCCCACCGGGCGGCGGUGGGGGACCACCCGGCGGAGGCGGCGGCGGGCCGGACGAGGAAUCGGGUGCACCGCAGCACCUGAUACACCCGGGCAAGGAUAUCAACAAACUGUUAGGAAUUACGCCCUCGGACAUCGACAAGUACUCGCGUAUCGUCUUUCCGGUCUGCUUCGUGUGCUUCAACCUGAUGUACUGGAUCAUCUAUCUGCACGUGAGCGACGUCGUGGCGGAUGAUCUGGUGCUGCUCGGCGAGGAUAAGUAAAGUAGAGCGUGUGUGCGAUUUAGGGAAAAAACGAAACCGAAAAAAAAAAAUCAACAACAGCAGCAAAAAACAAUUCAGAGCGUCAUCGUAGGGGCUUGUGUUGAACGAAACUGCACAGUGGCAACACUGAGAAACAACUCACGUUAGACUAACAGAACACACCCAAAAACACACCCAAACACACUCACACACAGUCACGAUUAGGACGAAGUUAGAAGAUCGGAAUGUGUGAGACCAGCGCAGGACAGGACGCGGAAAGGUAAGAGUCCCUGAGGAAUGCAAAUAUAACAACAAAAGUAUAAGAAAUUUUUAGGAUUUAUUUUUACCUAUUUACAGUUUCGGUUCUUUUUUAUACGUAUACAAGAGACAAAAAAUGGAAGAAAAAAAAAACUAGAUUUUAUCGUUAUUGAUGAUUAACAUUAUAGAAAAGGAGGUAACAAGAAAUAUUCCUAAUUCAAACACACACAAAGAAAAAAAAAUGAGAAGGACAACAUAGAGUUACACACGUGCGGUUGCGUAUGUGUUAGAAAAUUUAAAAUUAAAAAAUCGCAAGGAACUAAAAGCAAGGAGGAGAAUUUAUGACUAGUUUGUAAGCAGUGAUGAAAGCUAACUAACAAAACCCAAAAAAAAAAACGAUAUCUUCAAACAAAAAAGAACACACAAAAAAAAAACUGGUGAAUUGAACGAGUCUAGGAACGAUUAACGAAUUCUGAAUUAAAAUUGCAGCAAAAAUAGCAAGCAACAACAAACAAAAUAAGUACACUAACACAUUCUCACACAGAGCAUACCAGUUAAAGUAAAAUUGCGUAGGAAAUCAAAAAAUAAAAAUAAAAUAAAGUUUUUGAAUUGCAAAAACGUUACAAAAAAAGAAAAAAAAAACUAACACAAGGAAAUUUAGAAUCCGAUUACAAGAAGUUUGGAGCGAAGCGGCUGCAAAUGUUUUAUAUAAGCAAACCCGUAGUAGCGUUUUUUGGUUGUUCUAACUAAACUAAGCAAAGUAAGUACCAAACUCAGACUUAACCCAGAGCGGCUAGGGGUGGUAGUAGUUGGAUGCGACGUCGAAGCGAAGUGUGAGCGAGCGCGUUCGUGUGUGACGAAUUUUAAAAUUGAUUUAGUUUUAAGUUUUCAUCGGAAACCGCCCUUGGAGAAGCGAGAAGCUGUCUGCUUGCCAACCCGGACGACCUCGGAUAUUGCCAAUCGCCAUCUGUUCGGUGGUUUCGGACUCCUCGUCGUAGUUCGGUGCUUUACGGCCAAUCGAACCGAAGCAUGGGUUCGUCGUUUUUUUUUUGUUAACUCAACUCUCCGCUGCUAGGUGGGGCAUUGCGGGGGAUUCGAAUUGCCCCCGGGGAGCUAGUAAAAUGGUAGGACGACGACACGAUGAUGGUCAUAAACUGCCAGAAAUCAUCUUCCUCGCAGUAAACGAGUUGCCAUAGUCAGAGGCUUGGUGUUUCGGACAAAAAAGGGAUCCUUCUUAUUGGCUGCUACCCGGACCCAAGCUGCCGGGUCGUCGGUGGGAUUUUCUAAUCAGGAAAAACGGAGCAAAAUCCACUCAAGCUGAAACGACACCCCCACGCUGCUGCUGCCGCCAGGAAAGAGAUGUUUGAGUGAUUUCGGCAAGGGUGCACGGGAGUGGCUCCUGGAAGGGGAGAUGUAAUCAAGGCUGUGCUACUCGAAAAAAAAGGGCUCCCGGAGGAUCCCAACCCGAGCCGAGAGCUUGCCACAUCAAAUGUUGUCGUAAAAUUUGCACAGAAUCGAGAGGCAAAGGGAGAAGAUUAAUCUGAUGACUUGCAUACAUCUAGGCGUAUCCCGAGCAGUCGGCACACACACACACGCAUACCGAGAGAGCAGGCGAUCGGACGGAAUAAGUUAAUACGACAUUAAUUAUUAAUUAUUAUAUUAAAAAUUAAUUCUCUGAAUGCUUCCAAUAUAUUUGCCAAAACAGCAGAAAAAUCACGGAGAAAAUCCGAACGAGCGUGGAUGUGCGUGCCGUGUGCAGUGUGUGGCUACUAUUGAUUUUUCGCGUUCGGUGCUCUGAUUUAUGUGGAUAUGGAAACGUCGCGAGGGAGGGUACCACCAAAGGAAACUGCCUCGUCGAUGGACACAGUUCGGUGCGCACAAACACAGUGCGGGAAGUGGAAAAUUGUGCGAUGGUUGGGGUCUGUCUUUAUUUAAAUACACUUUAGUUAGGAAAUCGUAGCAUCGAAUUCGACAGCUUCGACUAGCAUCAGUGCGGGAGUACCAGGGAGCACCUUGAACAUCACAAACAAUAAGAAAUUAGUUUACAGUGGCAUAAGGAAAUCCGAAAUCAGUUAGUGACAAAGGUGCGAAGCAUACGAGCGAACUGCGAGCUGAGUUGGUGCAUACGGGCCUCACACAAUUGCGGUGGAUGUGAUAGACUGUGCUGUCAUCUAGAGAUGAUCAUCGCAUACUUGGUUUUUUUGCGCAUUAAUAUCUGAAAGAAUGGCUUCAUUUCAAUUUUACAACCACUGAAACGUAGUAAUUUGUUGCAAUAUUAUCUACCGCAGGUUUCCCGUUUGGUAGAUUUACCAAUCAAGUCAUGAAUGGCCUACACUCAAGAAUAUUUCUAAACAAAUAACGAUUAAAAUUGACUCUAUCAUAGGUAAUCAAUGUUUACUCGUUGCUUCGAUUAAAAUUUAUUUAAAAGUUAUACUAAGUCCAAAUAACUGGGAAUAAUUCGUUCAGCGUGUAUUGCUGUUUUUCCCUUUGACGGAUAUGAAAAUUUAGUGAAAGCGUGGAACUGCUCUGUGAUCAAAAUCCAACAUGCAAUACUAUAAAUCACAUGAGAUUUCAAAACUAGUUCAAUGGUAGCCAUUUUGAGUGCCCAAGAUCACGCUGGCCACAUCCAGCCUAGUUCCAAGUACCCCCGUGGUAUUCGCCAGUUUCUGACUAUGGUCAAAAUCUAUCAUGCGAUAGCUUAAAUCACAUGACCAGUUCAAUGGAAAUUAUUUGGAGCUCCCAAGACCACACGGGCCACAUCCGGACAAGUUCCGGGUACCCCCUGGGAAGGGGACAGUUUCUGACCAGGGUCAAAAUCCAUCAUGUGAUACCUCAAAUCACAUGAGAAUUCAAAAAUCAGUUCAAUGGAAAUCAUUUGUAGUUUCCAGGGCCACACUGGGCACAUCCGGACAUGUUCCUGGUACCCCCGGGAAAGUGUCCAAUUUCUGACUAGGGUUAAAAUCCAUCAUGAGAUAUCUCAAAUUAUGUGACAAUUCAAAAAUCAGUUCAAUACUAAUCAUUUGGAGUGUCCAGGACCACAAAGGCCGCACCCGGACAUGUUCCGGGUACCUCCGGGGAAGUGGUUAGUUCCUGACUAUGGUCAAAAUCCAUAAUGAGAUCCCUCAAAUCACAUGAGAAUUUAAAAUACAGUGCAAUGGUAAUCAUUUGAAGUUUCCAGGGCCACACUGGACACGUGCGGUCAUGUUCCGGGUACCCCUGGAGAAGUGUCCAAUUUCUGACUAAGGUCAAAAUUUAUCAUGCGAUAUCUUAAAUCAUAUGACAAUUCAAAAAUCAGUUCAAAAGUAAUCAUUUCGAGUGCCCAGGACUACAUUGGUCACACCCGGACAUGUUCCGGGUAACCCCGGGGAAGAGGUUAGUUCCUGACUAUGGUCAAAAUGUAUCAUGCGAUACCCCAAAUCACAUGAGAAUUCAAAAUAUAGUUCAAUGGUGAUCAUUUGAAGUUUCCAGAGCCGCACUGGACACAUCCGGACAUGUUCUUGGUACCCCCGGAGAAGUGUCCAUAUUCUGACUAGGGACAAAAUCCAUCAUGCGAUAUCUCAACAAUGACCAUUUAAAAAUCAGUUCAAUAGUAAUUAUUUGAAGUGCCCAGGACCACAAAGACCGUACCUGGACAUGUUCCGGGUACCUCUGGGGAAGUGGUUAGUUCCUGACUAUGGUCAAAAUCCAUCAUGAGAUCCCUCAAAUCCCAUGAGAAUUCAAAAUACAGUUCAAUUGUAAUCAUUUAAAGUUUCCAGGGCCACACUGGACACAUCCGGACAUGUUCCGGGUACCAACGGAGAAGUGUGCAAUAUCUGACUAAGGUUAAAAUUCAUCAUGCGAUAUCUCAAAUCAUAUGACAAUCCAAAAAUCAGUUCAAUAGUAAUCUUUUGGAGUGCCAAGGACCACAAAAGCCGCACCCGGACAUGUUCCGUGUACCCCCGGGGAAGUGGUUAGUUCCUGACGAUGGUCAAAAUUUAUCAUGCGAUACCUCAAAUCACAUGAGAUUUCAAAAAUCAAUUCAAUGGAAAUCAUUUGAUGCAUCCAAGGCUGGACACAUCCGGGCAUGUUCCUGGUACCUCCAGAGAAGUGUAUAAUUUCUGUCUAAGGUCAAAAUCCAUCAUGCGAUAUCUCAAAUCAUAUGACAAUUCAAAAAUUAGUUCAAUACUAAUCAUUUGGAGUGGUUUGGGGAAGUGAUUAAUUCCUGACGAUGGUCAAAAUCUAUCAUGCAAUACCUCAAAUCACAUGAGAAUUCAAAAUACAGUUAAAUGGUAGCCAUUUGGAGACACUGGCCAUUAUAGCAUUUCCAGGCCAAAUAGCAAAAACAUUUUUCAAUUUCAAACUCGACCUUCUCCGGAUGGCAUAAAACUUUUCAUAAUUCUAGAUAUAGCUGGAAUUGGGGCGUAACAACUUUUGUAAACAAUUACUUCUGUGGAUGAUUUCCAGGAUUUCAAUGCACGCCCACGCAAACUAAUACAACCAUCAGGUAUGGGAAGACUUCCCCUACCUGUUGGUGGAGUAUAUUUGCGUGGGCGAGCUUUGACUUUCUAGAAAUGAAUGUUUACAAAAACUGUUACACACUAAUUCCAGCUCUAUCGUGAAUUGUUGAUUAUGGUUAAUCAUUCACAUUUGAGCUACAAUUGGGCCAUUUUGAAUUUCGCAAAAAAACUUCAAAAAUGCGUAUUCGAUAUUUUCCAAAUUUUUAACUUUAGGACUAAGAAAGGAUUUUUCUGGAAAAUCUGAAGAAAUCUCCGAAUCUGAAUGAACUUCCAAAGCAAGAUGAAAGAAGAUAUUCUAGAGCAGGGUUGCUUCCAAUCACUAGCUAUAAAAAUCAUGUUUUUCGGAAUUAUAAAACCGUUAUUAUGUUAUUAUGAUAUUUUGAAACUGUAAGUUAAAAGAAGAGGUUGUAAAGUAUGUGUUUGACACAUGAAACCUGUCAAUUUCGCUUUCAGAGUGUCACAAUCAGCGAUUUUAUGAUUCGUGAGCGUUCACUCAGAGUGAGCGCUCGCGAGUCGUAAAAUCACUGAUUGUGACUCUCUGAAAGCGAAUUUGACUGGUUUUAUGAGUUAAACACUUGUCUAUCAACCUCUUAUUGUACCUUAGAAGUACAAAAUAUCAUAAUAACAUCUAAUGAUUCCAAAAUUCCUAUAAUCAUUUUUUAUAGCAAGAGAAUAGAAGCAAGCCUUUUUUGGAGGAAGUUUGAAGAAAGUUCUAAGCAAAGUCGGGAAAAAACAUCCAAAGAACAUCCAAGACAAAUAUUGAGAAAAUUUUGGAAGAAAAUUAAAGAAACUUUCGGAAAAAUUCAGAUUACACUAGCUAGAAACGGCUAGAAAAAGCUCAGAAAAAUCUUCCAAUAGAAGUCUG